AGCUGUAUAAAAAAAAGAUCAGACACAUCCAUCCAUGGACAUGUAGAGAGAGAGAGAUAGAUAGAAAAAAAAAAGAGGAUGGCGGCAAUUCUAGGGAUAGGGACAGCAAAUCCUCCUAAUUGCAUCACUCAAGAAGACUACCCUGACUUCUGCUUCAGAGUCACCGGCUCUAACCAUUUGACCCACUUCAAGCACAGAUUCACCUCUCUCUGUGAGAAAACAGGAAUCAAGAAGCGUUACCUGCAUCUCACGGAGGACAUCCUGAGAGAGAACCCGAGCCUUGUGGACCACAAUGCUCCAUCGCUGGAGCUCCGGCAGAGGAUAUCAGAGGCGGAAAUCCCGAGGCUCGGGAGGGAGGCGGCUUUGAGAGCGACCGAAGAUUGGGGACAGCCGAAAUCGGAAAUCACCCACCUCAUCUUCUGCGCAAUGCAGGCCAUACACAUGCCUGGGGCGGAUUUUCGGCUCACUGUCAGCCUCGGCCUCAGCCCGUCCAUCCGUAGGAUCAUGCUUUACCACCAGGGCUGUCAUGUCUCGGUCACUGCCCUUCGUCUCGCCAAGGACAUCGCCGAGAAUAACCACCGAGCCCGUGUCCUUGUUGUCUGUUGCGACAUGACCAUCGGGAGUUUCCGACUGCCUUGCGAGGAUGAUGGAGAGGAUCUCAUCAUGCAGACAAUCUAUGGCGAUGGAGCGGCUGCAGUCAUCGUGGGAGCAGACCUGGACAAGUCAUGUGAACGGCCAUUUUUCCGGAUAGUGGGCGGGGCGCAAACGAUCAUUCCGGAUUCAGAUGGGGCUCUCUGUGGGCGUGUGAAUGAGAAUGGAUUCUCAAUGGACAGAAGAACAAAGGUCCCUGGAUUCAUAGCCUCGGCCAUUAGUUGUCACCUCAACGACUUCUUGACUAAAAUGCUUCACGAUACGGGCACCGACACAAUCAAAGACUGGAACGCGGUGUUCUGGGUGAUGCAGGCAACAAGUAAGCCAGUGCUCGACAGAAUAGAAGCAGAAUUGCAGCUACAUAAGGACAAAUUAGAGGUUUCAAGGAAGGUGUGGAGAGAAUAUGGGUACAUGAUGAGCUCGAGUACCUUAUUCGUCCUCAAUGAAGUAAAGAAAAGGAUGGUUGAGCAGAGGAAUGAAGGUUCCGAUUAUGGAGUCAUGGUCGGGUUUGGAGCCGGUCUCACCCUUGACGCUGUUGUGCUACAGAUGGUGCCUUUGCCUCCUACGCUUGAAUUAGCUGUCUAACUUUCCAAUGGAGUUCAUUCUCACAUAAGAUUGGACCAGCAAAAUAAAGCAUAGAGAAUAAUACCUUUUGUGGUCAGCAAUGGCAGAUCAAGGAAUGUCUGUGAUCUGCUCUGAACUGGUAAUGAAUAAAGCAACGGUACUUCAAUAUGUCAAUAACAAUAAAUGCCCGACAAUUUUUAUAUGCAAUCAAAAGAGUGUUUCACUGUUUA